AUGCGGGUGUUGCUUAGAGACGUUGCCACGGAGUGGGCGACUGGUGGGACUAUCAUUGGGUGCUUCGCGCUCAACGACGUGCCCGUUGGAGCCGCGAUUGUUUUCGGUGCCGAAAUCCGCAUGUUCGGCAUCGACCCAGCAGGGAAAGGAACGGGCUUUGGCAAAGUCCUAGCCCAGCACGUCGAGACGACGAUAUGGCGAGACCAUGCAGAAGCAUGGUUGGUACCCCGAGAUGGUCAGGCCAGAAUUUUCUGGUUCACCAUGGGGUACCUGGGCGAGGCGGGCGGCACGGUCGCGUCCGUGAUGCGGAAAUCCGCAUCCUCCACGACCGUCCCUCGGCCACCUCACCGCACUCCCACCCUCGGUUGGGGAGUGUUUCUGGGAGCUGACUCUGGGAGCUCGGACGGAAACGCGAAAAAGGUCUUCACGAAACUUCGCAUCCUCUGCGUGAGCGCACGGAGGAUAGUCUACCUGGAUGCCGACGUUCUUCCAAUCCAGUUGAAGAACUUGUUCGACAUCCCCUCAUUCCGUGGGGCGGCAUUCGUGGGUGGCUUCAGCUACGCCGACACGCUCGACUCAGCCAAGGGGUGGGCCGGAUCGGUGCUUUUCAGCCCGAAGCUCGAGGCUCAGUUCAAGGCCUUCCGCGACAGGGCAGAUUCCUUCGCCCUGGGCAUCUGCAACGGCUGCCAGCUCUUGGCGCUACUCGGUUGGGCGCCAGGCGCACCGGGCGGAGGUGUUCUGCCCCUGGAGAAGCAGCCUCGCUUCGUGCACAACAGGAGCGGUCGCUUUGAGUCGCGCUUCGCCACCGUUCGCAUCGAUUCCUCCGCAGCUUCCAAGGUGUGGCUGAAGGGCAUGGAGGGCACACAGAUGGGCGUGUGGGUGAAUCACGGCGAGGGUCAGGCGCACUUCCCAGACGCCUCGGUGCUCGAUAGGGUGAAGAAGGAGCAGCUGAUCCCAAUGCGGUACGUCGACGACGACGGCAAGGAAACCGAAACGUACCCCUUCAACCCCAACGGCUCGCCAGAGGGCAUCGUCGGGCUGUGCAGUGCCGACGGCAGGCAUCUGGCGAUCAUGCCACACCCGGAGAGGCUCACCUCUUGGCCGUGGCAGUGGCCCUAUGCCCCACAGGAGUGGAUGGCUGGAGCCGGGAGGCUAAAAGCGUCUCCUUGGUUGAAGAUGUUCCAGAAUGUGCGCGAGUGGUGCGAUGGCAGCAAGUGA